UUUCACAUCCAGACAACACGAUGGCAGGACAUGUGACCGAGCUGCUGGCGGCCAUCGACCGCGCCGACGUUCGCCGCGUUGCCGCGCUCUUCGACGGGCCCUACCCGCCCGACGCCCUCGCAUCGAUCCUCCGCGCUGCCUGCCUCGGGCGAUCGUACGACGUUCUGUACUGCCUCCUCGACAAGAUAUCGGUCCAAGCCUUUCUCUCCGCAGCGCCCACCGCAACACUCCACUCACUGCUCAAUGCCGCCGCACAGGGCGGCGACUUGCACAUCAUGGCUGGCAUGAGCCGAGCGACCGGCGUCGCGUGGCGCGACGUGGCCGAGGACACAGGCGGCGUCGAGCUCCUCACGCCGCUCCUCAUCGCGGCGAUUCGCGGCGACACGGAUGCGAUGCACUUUCUGCUCGAGGACGGCGUCGAUCCGAAUGCAGGGCGCACGCGCGACGGCAACGGCCCGCUCGCGAUGGCGGCAGCCCACGGGUUUACUGGCGCCGCGGCCAUGCUCCUGGACGCGGGCGCGACCAUCGAUGCGCGCAACGGUGGCGGCGCCACGGCGACGGACCUCGCGCUCCUGUAUGGCCACGACGAGAUCGUCCAGCUGUGCCACAUGGCCCAUAGCCGCGCGCUCGCAUCCGUCGACGGCAACGCGAUCAAAAGCAGCAUCUCCAAGCUCCGUCAAGCGAAACAGUAUACGAAUUACGCGGUGCGCGAGCGGGAAAAGGUCGACUUUGGCCGCGUCCAGCAAAAGAUUUCCAAGCUCAAGGCCCGCAUCCACGGCCGCAUCGACGCCAACUAGUCGAUACAAGAUUAUUGCCACUGAAUCUAUUUACUCUUUCUCCCAA